AUGCCUGAGCAAAUCCUUGACGAUAUCUCUCAUCGCAGAUACAAUCCCCUCACGGAUUCAUGGCUGCUUGUAUCACCUCACCGCACGAAGCGACCCUGGCAAGGCCAGCAAGAGAUCGAUGCCGCACCUAAACUCCCCGAAUAUGACCCUCAAUGUUAUUUAUGUCCCGGCAACCCUCGAGCCGCCGGCGACAGUAACCCCAAGUACGAAAAGACUUUCGCCUUUGUGAACGACUACAGCGCCGUCAAGCAAGAGCAACCUGAUUAUGACGCCAAGGCCUCAUCCAAUGACUUGGAAUCGCUUCUCCUCCAGGCCCAGGGCGUCAAGGGCGUGUGCUAUGUUCUCACUUUCUCCCCCAAGCAUCAUGUUACGCUCGCCGAUAUGAAAGCUGAGGAGAUUGUUCCUGUGAUUGAGCACUGGACACGCAUCUAUGCCAAUCACCUUACAGCGUCAAACCCUCGCGCGGCUGAAGUUGACCAGCUUACUAUCUCUAUGCCGAAAGACGCUGCCCCUAGCCCUGAAGAGCAAUACCGAUAUAUGCAAAUCUUUGAGAACAAGGGCGCUGCUAUGGGCUGCUCUAACCCUCAUCCUCAUUGCCAGGUUUGGACCACAUCUACCAUGCCCGAGGAACCAGGCAAGGAGCUCGUGCAGAUGUCGAAGUACCGAGAACAGCACGGUGGCCGACACCUACUAGGCGAUUAUGUUAAGCUGGAGCUUGAGAAGCAGGAGCGAGUUGUUUGGGAAAACGACGCUUUUGUUAUCGUAUGUCCUUGGUGGGCUGUAUGGCCCUUUGAGGUGCUCGUUCUUCCCAAGCGACACAUCCGAUCUCUUCUCGACUUCAAGCCCGAGGAGAGACUCCAGUUUGCUGAGGCUAUUCAGGAAGUAACCCGAAGAUACGACAACCUGUUCGAGUGCAACUUCCCCUACAGCUCUGGUCUUCACCAGGCGCCUCUUGACGGAACACCUGAGGAGUUGGAAAACGCUUAUUUCCAUAUGCACUUCUACCCACCUCUGCUGCGUUCGGCCACGGUCAAGAAGUUCCUUGUCGGUUAUGAGCUUUUGGCCGAGCCGCAGCGUGAUAUCACACCUGAGCAGGCCGCUGCCCGCUUGAGAAACUGCGGAGGAGAACUCUACCGAAAGAAUCUGUAG